AUGGAGCAGAUUCUAUUGUUAGGAUUGAAGGACAGAGAGGGUUACACUUCGUUUUGGAAUGAUUGUAUUUCAUCCGGUCUUCGAGGAUGCGUCCUGAUCGAGUUGGCCCUUCGUGGCAGAAUUCAGUUAGAAGGCAGUGGAAUGCGUAAAAAGUCCUUGCUGACCAGAAAAGUGACUGUGAAAAACAGCGAACCGACGGGUGAUGUUAUUCUAGACGAGGCUUUGAGGCAUAUGAAGGAGACGAAUCCCCCAGAGACCGUGACUAGUUGGAUAGAGUAUCUCAGUGGAGAGACGUGGAAUCCUCUCAAGCUGAGAUAUCAACUUCGCAACGUUCGUGAAAGGCUAGCGAAAAACUUAGUAGAGAAAGGUGUUCUUACAACUGAUAAGCAGAAUUUUCUGCUAUUCGAAAUCACUACUCAUCCUCUCUCCGAUGGGAAUCAGAAAACGAAGCUCAUAAAGGAAGUUCAAGAAGCUGUGCUGAGUAAAUGGACAAAUGAUGUUCAUCGAAUGGACAAGAAAAUGCUGUCGCUAGUCAUACUUGCCCAUGCUUCGGAUGUUCUCGAGAAUGCAUUUGCCCCACUGAGUGAUCAAGACUACGAGGUUGCCAUGAAAAGGGUUCGAUCAUUGCUGGAAUUAGAAUACGACGCACAGGCCGAAAAGAAAGGAAACGAAGUGAUGUGGGCCGUGUUUGAGGCGUUCAGCAAGUAG